ACAUUCAGGUCUCGGCAUCUUUUCCUCCACCAGCGCUCCUUUUACAUUCCAUUCCUCUGACUGCAAAAGUUUAGCUUCAGCCAUGUCACACACUGCUCUACAAGGAAGUAUGGGGAGUCGCUAUGCCAAGGAAAUGAGCUCCCACAGAAUAUAUCUGUUUGAGUACGAGAAUUUCCAAGGGAGCAUAAUGGAGCUGAGUGGAGAGUGCCGUAACGUUUGUGACAAGGGGCUUAACCGUGUGGGCUCCAUCAGAGUGGAGUGUGGGCCAUGGGUAGGUUUUGAGCAACAGGAUAUGACUGGUGAGAUGUUCAUGCUGGAGAGGGGCGAAUACCCUCGAUGGGACACUUGGUCUAACAGCUAUCGAUGUGAUCGCCUCAUGUCUGUCCGGCCCGUCAAGAUGGACCCCCAGGACCAUAAGAUCUGUCUGUAUGAGUGCAUGAACUUUGAGGGUCGUAAGAUGGAGGUGUCUGAUGAGGACAUCCCAAGUUUGUGGUGUUAUGGCUUCCAGGACAGAGUCGCCAGCAUUCAAGUAAAUGGUGGAACGUGGGUUGGAUACCAGUACCCUGGCUACCGUGGAUAUCAGUACCUGUUUGAAUAUAGAUCCUAUAAACACUGGAACGAAUGGGGUGCCAAUCACCCCCAGAUCCAGUCUGUGCGUAGAGUGAGAGACAUGCAGACGCAUCACAGAGGCUGCUUCGAGAUGGCAUAAGGAAUGACACGUGGCAUGGACAGGUGGAUACAACAAGGCCCCGCACGGAAAACUGUGGAAUGUAAAAAAAAAAAAAAAAAAAAUCCUUUAUAAAGAGCAGCUUGGAA